ACCUAUACGAAUACAACACAUCUAGAUUUUAUUAGUGCAUAUGGAGACGUAUAGAUAAGUGGUGGUUUAAAGAAAAUAACAAUCAAUUAAAAAAAUUGUGUUGUAGUUGUCUGAAUUUUUAGUUAGAUCUUCAUUAGAUAUGGGAUUAUCUAGACAAGAAGUGAACUUGAGGAGGUUAUUAGCAAAAUGUGAAUUAAUGUGUAAAACGAAAAAGGAAGAUGAUAGAAUUGAAAAAUAUGUAGAAACGUUAGAAGAUAUGUUACAAGAAUUAAAAAAAAUAACUGAAUCUAGCGAAAGUAUACAAGCUUACAAUAGAAGAAUUAAUUAUAUCAAAACAGCCUUAGGGAUAACUAAAAAUAAAUAUGAGGAUGAAAACGAUCCGGAAAGUAUGAGAAAAGACUUAUUAGGUUUAAGACAACGUAUAGUUGAUAAGCCAGAAAUUAGUAAUUCUGGGGACUUUGAUAAAGUAAUAGAGCACAAUGAGAACAUACAAAGAAAGAUAACGGAAGAUAUGCUGCAUUUAACCAUGACCUUAAAAGAACAAUCAGAAAUUUCUAACAGGAUUAUUAAAAAAGAUACUGAGGUGGUGUCAAAAUCAACAGAAAUAACAGAAAACAAUUUCGGUAAACUUUCUGUUGAAUCUUCCAAAUUAGCUGAACAUUCCAAAAGAGCCUGGAAAUGUUGGAUGUGGAUUAUGUUGGUUGCGGUUGUUAUAGUAUUCAUAAAUAUGGUUCUGUUUAUGAAGUUAAUGAAGAAAAGAUACUAAUCGGUGAAUGUAGUUAUUGGUUAUUAUUUAUAAAAUAUAUUUAAAAAAUUAUACAAUUUUUAGGUCAAA